AUGCAGCAAGUCGACAAAGGGGGGUAUUCGCUUGUCUACCUGGGCACAUGGAUGUCAGAUUCCCCGGGCACUCGAACCCAGGAUGUUGCCGUGAAGGUGCUCCAUUUAGUAUCCUGUGCAGAACAUUCGAACCCAGAGGCGAAGCGGAGGAAGCGCCUGAAAAGAGAGAUGCGAGUAUGGUCACGUCUGAACCAUGCCAACCUGGUUCCGCUGCUCGGCUACAUGGAUGGUCUUCAUGGCCUUGGCCUCGUCUCUCCAUGGUAUCCAAAAGGGAACGUAAUCAAUUUCAUCAAGAAUCAUCCUACUGCCAAUAGGGACCUCAUCUGUGCUGACGUAGCCUCGGGAUUAAGCUACCUUCAUUCACAAGAACCAUCAAUUGUACAUGGUGAUAUUAAGGGGCAAAACGUUCUGAUCACUCUGGACGGACAUGCUUCCAUUUGUGAUUUUGGUCUGUCGAGGAUCAUGGAUGAUAAUCCUACUGGAUUCACAUCCACGGUGGUUGGAAUGAGCCUUCGCUUUUCAGCUCCCGAAUUACUGGAUGGUGACGAGAAGACGAUGGAAUCUGAUGUUUACGCUUAUGGUUGCGCUUGCAUUGAGAUCCUACUGGAGAAAAAACCGUACGACGAUAUCCGCACCGACAUUGCCCUCUUGACGGCGAUUGCAAGUGGCACACUGCCCGUCGCGCCUGAACAACUCAACGAAUGUGGCUCACUCCUCCCACUCCAUAUGUUAAACGAAUGUUGGAGUAGGAAGCCAUCUAAUCGACCAGGGGCUGUAGAAUUGGCUGAAGUAUUUCAAGGCACACUUGCAGGCCAUGCAGAGCCCGAUCACGCACUUUCCGAAUCGGUAAUUGGUGACGCUCCGGGCCACAGUAAUGACGCUAGGCUUGGUCUGAACCAGUUGCCACAUGCCAUGAUCUUGGCCAUAUGUCAUAUCAUUCUAAGUAGGUUGCCAGCCUCUCUUAGUAUAGAUAUCAUUCUUCCUUUGAUCUGUGCGAGUAUUUUCUUGGCUUGGGGGAUUUGGAUGGCCAUGCCUGUGUGGGAGAGCGCAUUGCGCAUUGUGGUCCACGUUCUACCUAGGAAUGCGGUUGGGGGAUCCAGAGACACUACACAUCAUCCGACAAUCUCUAUUCCAACAGAGGCCUCCCUUGUAUAG